GUUGACCAGUUUUGUUUUGGUUGCACAACGGCAACAAACUGUCACGGAACUGGCUACGGUUUGGCCAUUUAGCGUACGGGUAUUUUCGAGUUUGUAGAUCCAUUAGGUAUUCAGGAUUCAAUUACAGUGCGAUUAGUGACGAAUUGUGGGCUGUGGUAGUGGAAAUAGUUGAAACUGUAGAAUAGGAGGAGUUCAGUGUAUGGCAACAACAUUUGAGAAAGUGAAAUUGUGCCUACGAACAUGAUUACUACGAGCUGAUAACGCUGGAGAUAGUAAAAAAGCUGUUGUUCCUGCCCCAAAAAAGCACGCAACCGGUAGUCGUCGUGUUCUGUCCCAUCACCCACCGCUGGCCGUCACCAUUCGUUGCCUCGCCUCGCCCAUGGACGGCCAAUCGUGCUCGCGUGCACGGAAUCCAUAAUUUCGCGGAUUCUUCGGAAGGCAAGAGAGAAAAAUUACACCCCCAGCCCCAACCGGCCACAACGAAGCGCAGCACAUUCCUUUGACGCCCGUCGGGAAGAAAAUGUUUCCUCCAGUCUUGCCGCCAAGGAACCGGUAGAGCAGCCCGAGUUCGUGUUUUUUGUAGAAAAUUGAAAUAAUUAAUUUACUGUGAUUCGCGAGCGAGAGUGUGGGAAAAUUUAUUCCGAGUACAAGUGUGGUUUGUUUCUGUUUUCGGGAGGGUGGAAGCUUCUCAUUCGUUAAGUGUGUUGAGCGUGUUCUAAGAAAAUUCAACGUUUAUGAGCGCGAUAGCGAGUGUUGAAACGAUUCCACCGCCUUCACCGCCAAUACUAACGACCGCCGAGGGCACCAGGAGCAGAGUGACCAGCUAAUAUGGUCGAAAGUGAUUCCGCUCCCGAGCAACGGGCGGAAGCUGUCUAUCAUCAGUUGAAGGCGGAGAUCACGAAACGUUGGGAAGAGCCUUCGGAUUCAGAUGUAGCGGCAGCAACAGCGGACUGCCCCAGACUGCGGCCCCGACGGCGGUAUCACGUUUCCGGUGUGGCGCUACUACUUUGCUCGGUGACGCUGUUCCUGCUGCCGGAGUCGAUCCCUAGCAGUCUCGGUGUCCUGCUGAAUGGGACCGAGAGUUCGGCCAGCCGGUUGGAGUCGUUAGCGGAUUUAAUUUCAUCAAACGAUGUUGAUUAUGUUAAUGCAAAUAAUAAUGAUGAUAAUGUGUCGUCCAAUAAUUAUAACGCUAGCACCGAAGCCAUAAUUAAUAGUGCAACCGGUAGCGACAGAAUUUUGGGCCGCCGCCCGAGCACCGGUGGCCGCAACCGACCGAUCCCGGUCUACCUGAACGAGUUCGCCGUGUACAUCCCGAGUGGGCCAGACGUCGCCGGCAUCAUUGCCGAUAAAUACGGCUUCACCAAUUUCGGACAGAUCGGUCCACUGAAAGGAUAUUAUUUAUUUCACCAUAGCCACGUCCGGAAGCGAUCCCUAGAUAGGAGCGAAGUUCACCACAGCGCACUCAACACCGAACCCGAGGUUCGAUGGAUGCAGCAGCAGCACGAAAAGAUCCGUCGGAAGCGCGACUAUUCGACGUUCGAUCAGGACUUUGUGCGUUUUCCGGACCCGCGUUCGAUCGCGCCCGGCAGCCGUGUCAGCUAUCGGGACACCGGAUUGCACAACAUCUUCCCUGAUCCGCUCUUCAAGGAGCAAUGGUACCUGGUGAGUAGAAAUGGUGGCGCCAAGGACGGUUUGGACAUGAACAUUGGCCCGGCCUGGCAGAAGGGCUACACCGGGAAGGGCGUCGUCGUGUCGAUCCUGGACGACGGCAUCCAGCGGAACCACCCGGAUCUGCUGCAAAACUAUGACCCGGACGCAUCGUACGAUAUCAACGGUAACGAUUCGGACCCGAUGCCACGGGACAAUGGCGACAACAAGCACGGAACGCGCUGUGCCGGUGAGGUCGCAGCUGUGGCCUUCAACAACUACUGCGGCGUUGGUGUGGCGUACAACGCCAGUAUCGGAGGUGUUCGCAUGCUGGAUGGAACCGUGAACGACGCCGUGGAAGCCAAAGCGCUGGGCCUAAACCCGGAUCACAUUCACAUUUACAGUGCAUCCUGGGGUCCGGAGGAUGACGGAUCUACCGUGGACGGGCCCGGACCGCUGGCUCGGAGGGCGUUCAUUUUCGGUGUGACCAGCGGUCGCCAGGGCAAGGGAUCGAUCUUCAUCUGGGCCUCGGGCAACGGAGGUCGAUACACCGACAGCUGCAACUGCGACGGCUACACCAACUCGAUUUUCACUCUUUCGAUUUCCAGUGCCACUCAGGGAGGUUACAAGCCCUGGUAUUUGGAGGAGUGCUCAUCGACACUUGCCACGACGUACAGUUCUGGAACACCAGGACACGAUAAGAGUGUUGCCACAGUUGACAUGGAUGGUUCCCUUCGACCGGAUCGAAUCUGCACGGUAGAGCACACCGGAACGUCUGCUUCAGCGCCGUUGGCCGCCGGUAUCACUGCUCUGGCACUGGAAGCAAAUCCGUCUCUAACAUGGCGGGAUAUGCAGUAUCUGGUGGUGUUAACAUCUCGCCCGGAACCUCUCGAGAAGGAAUCCGGAUGGAUUCUGAAUGGUGUGAAGAGGAAAGUGAGCCACAAAUUUGGGUACGGUUUGAUGGACGCUGGAUCGAUGGUCAGUCUGGCAGAACAAUGGACGAGUGUUCCUCCGCAGCAUAUCUGCAAAUCGCGUGAAAUCAACGAGGAUCGAUCGAUUGAGGGAUCCGUUGGAUAUACUCUGCAAACGCAUAUGGACGUCAACGGCUGUGCCGGAACGGUCAACGAAGUUCGUUUCCUAGAACAUGUACAAUGCAAAAUCACCCUCCGGUUCUUCCCUCGGGGUAAUCUUCGCAUCCUUCUGACGUCCCCGAUGGGAACCACCAGCACUCUGCUAUUUGAGCGACCACGUGAUGUUACCAAGUCAAACUUCGACGACUGGCCGUUCCUGAGCGUGCAUUUCUGGGGCGAGAAGGCUGAAGGUCGAUGGACACUGCAAAUUCUUAACGGUGGACGUCGACGAGUGAGUCAAUCUGGCAUUCUAUCCAAAUGGCAGCUAAUUUUCUACGGUACCGACCAAAACCCUAUUCGACUAAAAAAUGAAGCCCAACGCGGUUCAAUUGCCAACUAUGGAAAUGUUAACCCAUUCGUGUUUCCAACGGAAACGGACAUCAGUCAGCCAGCCCUCAGCGGUGCUGGAAAUUAUUACCAAUCGGACAUCUAUUCGAACUCGAUGAACUAUCCGUUCCUGUUCAGCGGUGCCGGUAGCAGCAUUGACAAAACUGUGACCACCAUAAAUGGGCACAACAUUCCAACGGCUCAGCGGGAGAACGUAAUGGCUGAUUCGAACAACAAAUUGGUCGUGUUGCACGACUGCGAUCCCGAGUGUGACUCUCAGGGGUGCUACGGCAAGGGACCCACCCAAUGCGUAGCCUGCAAACACUACCGCCUGGAUAAUACCUGUGUGAGCCGGUGCCCCCCGCGAAGCUUCCCCAACCAGGGCGGUGUUUGCUGGCCGUGCCACGAGUCCUGCGAAACGUGCGCCGGAGCCGGACAGGAUAGUUGUCUGACCUGCGCCCCGGCUCAUCUCUAUGUUACCGAUUUGGCCGUAUGCCUGCAGAUCUGCCCGGACGGAUACUAUGAGAAUUACGACAACCGUACGUGUGUGCCAUGCGAAGCCAACUGUGCAUCCUGCCAGGAUCGACCGGACUAUUGUACCAGCUGUGAUCAUCAUUUAGUUAUGCAUGAGCACAAAUGCUACUCGUCCUGCCCGAAGAACACUUACGAAACCGAAGACUACAAUUGUGCCGAUUGUCAUCCGUCCUGCAUGACGUGCAAUGGUUCGUCCGAAUCGCAGUGCAUCCUGUGCCGAGCCGGCCGGUUCGCGCACGAAGGACGUUGCCUCAACGCCUGUCCGGAUGGAUUCUUCGGGGACAAAAAACGGCACGAGUGCAUGCCCUGUCCGAUUGGGUGCUCGACGUGCAGCAGCGGUUCCAUCUGUACCGGCUGUCGCGACAGCUGGACCAUGAACAAAAAGUCCAAAUGCAUCGCCAACGGGAGCAAUAACUGUGACGAAUCGGAGUACUACGAGAAUGGCCACUGCCACACGUGUCACUCGACGUGCGAAACUUGCACCGGUCCCACCGAACACGAGUGCCUAACCUGUGCCUCGCCAUUGCUGCUGCAGAACCAACGUUGCGUCAACGAGUGCGACGAAGGCUACUACAUGGAGGUCGGCGUCUGUGCCAAGUGUCUGCACACGUGUACCCAAUGUGUGUCGCGCAUGAACUGCACCUCUUGCCAGAAAGGCCUGCAGCUACAGAGCGGAGAGUGCCGGACAACCUGUGCCGAUGGGUACUACAGCGAUCGUGGAACCUGCGCCAAAUGCUAUCUCAGCUGCAACACGUGCAGUGGACCCCGUAGAGAUCAGUGCGUGACGUGUCCCGAGGAUUGGCAACUGGCUGGAGGCGAGUGUCAUCCCGAGUGCCCUGAGGGCUUCUUCAAGACCAAAUUCGGCUGCCAAAAGUGCCAUCACUAUUGCAAAACCUGUAACGCUGCUGGCCCACUGGCCUGUACUUCCUGUCCGUCGCACUUCAUGCUCGACGGAGGUCUCUGCAUCGAGUGUCUCGGAUCACAGUUCUACGAUCCACCGACGCAAACCUGUAAGACCUGUCACGACAGUUGUCGGUCCUGUAGCGGUCCCGGGCAGUACUCGUGCGUGACUUGCGCCUUCCCGCUGCAUCUGGAUCGUCUCAAUAACCAGUGUGUGCCUUGCUGUGCUAGCGAUGCCUCGCCCGAAGACCAGAGCUGCUGCCAUUGCGACAAAGAAACCGGUGGUUGCAUCAACUCAUCACCAGCCGGAAAACGGCGCAUCGGUGCCGAACAGCAGCUGCUUCAGUUCGGCGAAGAAGCAGCUAAGCGCGAUGGCGAUAGCAACGCUGCCGAAACAAGCGAUACGAGCCUGCGACACUUCCUGCAGGCAGCAUCACCCUCGGCCGUUACCGUUGUGGCCGUGUCCGGGUGUUUGCUGAUCGUGACCUUGUUUGCCAUUAUAUUCACCGUAUUGCAGAAGCGGAACCGAACCAUCUACACGGGCAUCCGGUACAACAAACUAUCCAGCGGCGGCAGCGGCGCCCGAACCACAAGGAUAUCAAUCCCAGCCGAUGGUGAUGAUUUAUUAGAACCAAUUGUAAAUAAUUUCGAAGACGACGACGACGACGACGAGGACGACGAUGAUGAGAACGAUGAUGGAAAUGAUGGGGAUGCGGUUGACGAGGACAACAAAGGAGGUCGAGACCACGUGUACCACGACGAUGACCACGAACCGCACGAUGGCGCAGUGGUCGCACCAAAGCCCAGCAGCAGCAACAGCGGCAACAGCAGGCAGAGCCGGUUUGUGGCCACCGGCCAUCACGGAGCUUCGCGGCGAGGGACAAGGCCACAGCCCGACUCGAUACGAUUUGCACGGACUUGAGAAACGGAAGGGCGCGCGUGGUUCCCCCCUCGGAGGGAAAACGGUAAAAUGUGUGCUAUAAUAGGCGAUAACAAAUUAUUAUAAAUAUUUACUUAAGUGAGGUCGGAAGCGGAACGAGGGCCGGUCCACUCCAAAGCGGGACUGCGGACCGACGUUCUGCCUCGCCUCGGAUUUGUUAUACAUACUGGAAGCCUUGGUUGGGGGAAUUAGGGGAGUAUGAGACCGAGAGACAGCGUUGCGAAGAGAUAGUGAGAAUGGAAAAUAAGAAGUGAUCGAAAAUAAAUUUUGAGGAAAAAUACAAAAAAAAAA